CAAGGAGUAGCCCCAGGGCGGCCUCUUCCGAUGAACGCCGCCUCCCACUCCGGUUGGCUCCUAAAGUCUCACAAGGGCGGCGAGGCGACCUCGGAGCGGCGCUUCUUCGUCUCGGAAGGCGCCGUGGUGUCUUACGGCCGGAUGAUUGGCUCCAUCUUUGCUCCAACCGGAAAGGUUGACCUGAAAACUUGCACGGCGAUGAGCGAGCCCGAGCCCGGGACCGUCGUGAUCCAAGUGAGCGGCAAGCAGCAUCCGUUGCGAGUGGCUCUCGGCCCCGAUUCGGAAAAGUGGCGGACGCUGUGGGCAUCGGCGGUCAGCGAGACGGCUCUGGAUGCGGCGCUGCUCAGGUGGAGAGACGCAUCGCUCGCUGCUCGGCUGGACAAGGGCUCCCGAAAACCCUCAUCCAGGCCGCGGCUGGUCCUCGCCAAGUCGGGAUCGAGGGUCGCUCCAAAGACGUCUGACGCCACUGCCCUAAAGUCUGCUCGCGGUGCCGCGCCCAAGACGUCCGGGCGCGAGCACUGGUCCGAAUCGGCCUAUCGAGUGCCAAAGCUGUCCAUGGACGACGGCGCGCAGACGAGCGGUGGCGACCUCACCUCGCGGACCGACGUGGACGACACGGAGCGAAACGUCGCCGCUCCGCGGGCGGGAGGCGGGGAGGCGGGUGGCGGCGAGCCGACCGAGGCGGAGCUCGAGGCGGCGCGGGCCGAGUGGCUGAGCUACUUCCUCAAGGCGGAGCUCUUCCAGAACGCGCUGCUGCUCGCCGUGUCGGAAGAGGAGGAGCGGGGCAUCAGGGAGGCCAUGUUCGCCGUGUACGAGCCGCGGAGGCUGCAGUGGCUCCAGUACCACACGGCGCGAGGCAACUACGACGAGGCGAUCGAGCUCGUCGCCGACCAGGCCGAGAGGGAGGAGCUGGCCGCUCGGCGGAGGGCCGCGGAGCAGAGCAGCGUCUGGACCAGGUGCUGCGUGGCCGCGCAACCGCGUGAGCGAAAAACUGAAGGGAGUUCGUGUUCCGCCGAUUGCCUCGCGCGUCGCGUCUAGACUACUAGAGCAUGGUGCUUGGUCGGACUUGGCUCUCUUGGCUCUUGGGCCGCCCCGCGCGCCGCUUGCGGCGACUUGCUUCUUAUACGAAUACGUUUCACCCGCGACCCUAAGCCUAGCACGAUCGGAUAGAUCGCGAUUUUUUUCGAGCUCAGACGAUGGC